AUGAGAAUCAACGCCGUUCUCGCCGCCAUCUUGGCUUCUGCCACCUUGGGCGCUGCCAUCCCCGUGAAUGUUGGCCCAAUUGAGGCUCGCGGUGAACUUGAUGCCGACAGCCACCAGUCCUACAGGCGUGCCAACAAUGAUGCGGAUAGCCACCAAUCCUACAGGCGUGAGGUCGCUGAUGCGGACAGCCAUCAGUCCUACAAGCGCGAGGGCGCUGAUGCCGACUCCCACCAGUCUUACAGGCGUGGUGAGGCCGACGCUGAUAGCCACCAAUCCUACAAGCGUGACAACAACGAUGCCGACAGCCAUCAGUCCUACAGACGCGAGGUCGCUGAUGCUGAUAGCCACCAGUCCUACAAGCGCGAGGUAGCUGAUGCUGAUAGCCAUCAAUCGUACAAGCGUGGCGAGGCUGAUGCCGACUCUCAUCAAUCGUACAAGCGUGGAGAGGCCGAUGCUGAUUCUCACCAAUCCUACAAGCGCGAGGGCGCAGACGCCGACUCCCAUCAAUCCUACAAGCGCGGAGAGGCCGACGCGGACAGCCAUCAAUCAUACAAGCGUGGCGAGGCCGAUGCCGACUCUCAUCAGUCCUACAAGCGCGGAGAGGCAGAUGCGGAUAGCCACCAAUCUUAUAAGCGCGGAGGGGCCGACGCUGAUUCACACCAAUCCUACAAGCGAGAGGGUGCUGAUGCCGACAGCCACCAGUCGUACAAGCGCGGAGAAGCGGACGCAGAUUCUCAUCAGUCGUACAAGCGCGGAGAGGCGGACGCGGACUCUCACCAGUCCUACAAGCGUGGUGAGGCCGACGCAGACUCUCAUCAAUCCUACAAGCGUGGUGAGGCCGACGCGGAUAGCCAUCAGUCCUACAAGCGCGAGGGAGCCGAUGCCGACUCCCACCAGUCCUACAGGCGUGACGGUGCUGAUGCUGAUAGCCAUCAGUCUUACAGGCGCGAGAGCGCUGACGCAGACUCUCACCAGUCAUACUAA